AGCUGUCACAUAAACAUUUCCCUGAACACAGCUGUUUGCCUAUUAACAGCGGUCAUGUUUAUUUUUCGACAGAUUGACACAUUGCGAAUAGCCUGUAUGUGAGCCUAAAUGAGCGUUUUGUGGGAGGAACACGCGGUUUGUAGGGAAGCAGCGUGAUGGAGGAGAGAUAGAGAUCUGAUAGCCACUCCUGCUGUCACCUACACACUGAGUGUACACUAUUACUACUCGCACAGUGGACGGGAUGCAUGGGCUGUGACCUCCUCCUCUUCAUGCAUAUAGAUCCUCCUCCUAACCAGGAGCAGCAAGUUGUCCAGAGAAAGUGGUUUUGAGUGGUGGCUGUAUUAGAGAUGUAUUCGCCACAGAGGAAGGACUUUGUCUCUCUGACGCUGGGAGACCAACACAGCCGCAGCUACACCAACGGCAAACACCGGAGACAGUCCUGCUGGAGGAAAUGGAAGCAGCUGUCUCGGCUUCAGCGCAGUCUGAUUCUUUUCCUGCUUGCCUUCCUGUUCAUCUGUGGGAUUCUUUCCUAUCCCAGUCUGACGGAGCAGUGGAGAGGACUUUCAGAUAGAUCGUUGAAGGAGGACUGGAAUGAAAUGGAUAACCGAGGUCUCAGGCCCAUUCCUCCUGGACUCGUCCCAAAGAUCUCUCCAGGAGUUGACCCGGGGGUCCAGGACAUCCCACCAGAAGUGAUGCCAGAGAUUCAAAAACCAAGCAUUCCGUUACUUCCCAAACCGCCAGCCAUUAGGAAGCCACCUAGCAAGCGUGGUCCUCCAGUGCUCCAGAAGCGAGGGAAUGUUUCAGACUGGCAGGUGAAAGACAGAGAAGAAGUCACUCUCAAGAAAGAUGAAGACGGAGGGAAAGAAGCAAAAACAGUCAUCAGCUGGCGUGGGGCGAUGAUCGAGGCGGAGCAAGGAACGGAGCUUCAGUCCACCGCUCAUGGAAGAGAAGGAACCGUGGCUGAUGCCGGAGAAGCUGCCGACUUAAAAACGGUCACGGUGAAGCCCGUGGAUCGUGUGGAGGCGGUGCUGGAGGCCUUCAGGCAUGCGUGGAAGGGCUAUAAGGCCUUUGCGUGGGGUCACGAUGAACUGAAACCCAUAUCUAAGACCCAUGGAGAGUGGUUUGGCCUUGGCCUAACUCUGAUUGACGCGCUGGACACCAUGUGGAUCCUGGGACUGAAAGACGAGUUUGCGGAGGCCAGGAAGUGGGUUGAGACAGACUUAUCCUUUUCCAAGAAUGUGGAUGUGAAUCUUUUUGAGAGCACCAUCCGUAUAUUGGGGGGUCUCUUGAGCACAUACCACCUGAGCGGAGACGCUCUCUUUCUGGAUAAAGCUAAAGACAUUGGGUUCAGAUUAAUGCCUGCAUUCAAAACCCCAUCUAAAAUCCCCUACUCUGAUGUGAACAUUGGUAAAGGAACCGCUCACCCUCCACGAUGGACCACCGACAGCACCGUCGCAGAGGUGACCAGCAUUCAACUAGAGUUUAGAGAGCUCAGCCGACUCACACAGGACCCCCAGUACCAGAAUGCAGUGGAGGAGGUGACCAGACAGGUUCACCGAUUAGAGGGAAAGCGUGACGGUCUGGUACCCAUGUUCAUCAACACAAACAGCGGGAAAUUCACACGUCGAGGGGCCUUUACGCUGGGGGCCCGUGCGGACAGCUACUACGAGUACCUGCUCAAACAGUGGCUACAGGGUGGCAAGAAAGAGACUGAGCUGCUAGAGGACUAUCUUCAGGCUAUAGAAGGUGUCAAAAAGAAUCUGUUGAAGCAGACUUCUCCCAGUAAACUGACCUUCGUCGGGGAGCUGUCCAACGGCCGUCUCAAUCCUAAAAUGGAUCAUUUGGUGUGUUUUCUUCCUGGCACACUGGCUCUCGGUGCUCACAAUGGUCUCCCCGCUGAUCACAUGGACCUGGCUGUGCAGCUGAUGGAGACGUGUCAUCAGAUGUAUGCGCAGAUGGAGACGGGCCUGAGCCCAGAGAUCGCUCACUUUAACCUGCAGUCCAACAACGGACGGGACAUCGACGUGAAGCCGGCAGACAGACACAACUUACUGAGACCUGAGACUGUUGAGAGUCUGUUCUACAUGUACAGAUUCACCAAGGACAGCAAAUACAGGGACUGGGGCUGGGACAUACUGCAAAGUUUCAACAAGUACACCAGAGUCCCCAGCGGGGGAUACACCUCCAUAGGUAACGUCCGUGACCCCAUGAAUUCUGCACCCAGAGACAAGAUGGAGAGUUUCUUCCUGGGCGAGACUCUGAAGUAUCUCUUCCUCCUUUUCUCUGACGACAUCGAGCUGGUCAGUCUGGAUAAAUACGUCUUCAACACCGAGGCCCAUCCCCUGCCCAUAUGGCCCUCCACCUCAUGAGGGUAGAGGCCAGAAUUAUACUAAUCUCCACUUGAUGUUGGUUUCAACAGGAAAUGAUGCAAGCUUCCAUAAGAAGUUCCCCCUCAUAGUUUCUUUGCGGGAAUGUUUCUGCUCUGAACAGAGGUGGCGAGUUACGCACCAAUCUUUAACUGAGCUUUAUUUAAAUGCGGUGAGACUCUUUAUUCACCCAGAAGAACAGAUUCGGUGGCAGUUUUACACAUUAUGGGUGGUGAAAUACCAGAAAUAUUGUUUCUACUUUAUACUUUACAAGACCUCGCUUAACUUUGAGCUCGUGGGAAGCCUGCAAAGUGCGACAUGCAUGUUGGACAAGCCUGUUCAGCUGCCGCAAUAUUUAGGUGUUCCAUCUGCCGUAUUUGGGACAGAAAAAAAAUCACACGGCAAACUGCUGAAAUCGCACACUGUGAAAAACGCCAAGCACUUUGUGAAAUGAAGGCCCCUUUUUUUGGUUAACAGCUCUUUCUAUGUGUAUUUUUGCAGGCUGUUACAAAAGGACUCCGAUUGUCAAUUUCUAAAUGUUUCCCUUUUGAGUCAGGAGGAUGCAUUAGGGAACAUAUCGAGUACUUUUCAGAUCAUCAUCUUGAGAUUUAUUUGGGAACCCUCUGGGAUUGUGUGUUUUUCUGUUAUUUAUGUUGACUUUAGUGGGCGUAUUUCAGCGAACGCUAAUGAUUUGAUGUAGUGGAUGCCGCCCGGAGCCCUGCUUGAAUUGCUUCGCUGUAGAUUUUACUUUAUUAUUUACAAAUUUGAGAAGCCGUUGUGUGGCACUGGAUGCUGAGAUGCUACGUUUAGCUGAACGGCGAUCAGGUGUCUAUACGCGUUCAUUCAUUCUUUCGAACUCCACGGCCGAUCUACGCUGAAAAUGGAUAAACGGUGUGUCGAAAUCAUGUGAUAAUAAAGCUACAGGAUUUCCCUUGUCACAUUAGAGCACAGUGGUAAUCUAUAUCCGCAUGCCGCCAUCUGUUUCAAUAUGUUCAAUAAGUGAAUCAUUCACCCAGAAAUGAAAUGAAAACAUCAUUUACUUAACAUAAACCUGAAUUACUUUUUUCCUGGUCAGUUAAUUUUUAUGUUUUGAGAAAGAAGGUCUUACAGGUUUGGAAUGACACAGACAUUUCAUUUUUGCUGUAAACUUUAAGAUUGAUAAAUGUAGUCUAAUGUUUGCUUAACAAAAACCCCUGCUUGGGAAAACUCCCAAGUGCGUAUCACCUGUUUAUCAGCGCCGUCAAGUGUUUGUUUCUCCUAUCAUCUCCUCCGUCUUUGGUCAAACAGCAGUCGUCCAAUCAAAACAUUGCGGCUUUCAGAAGCUGUCAGACCGGCGCAAAAUAAUCCUUCAUCUGAAACGAUCCAUUUUCAGGGUGAUUGACAUUUGCAUUACAAUGUGUCUGUUCUGCGUCACGUUCCCCUAGCUGCUUCUGGUGAUACGGUGUCAAAAUCUGCAUCGCUUGUGCCUUUCGAUUUAUAGAAUACAGAGUGAUCGUAUGAUAAUGAGAGAUUUCUCCCUGAUUGCUUCUCUGGUCUCUUUGCUGCAAUCAGCGGUUUGUGAUUACCGCUUGUGCUCGCGAGCGAGCGUUAAACGAAGGAGCCCGGAGUGGACACAGAUCUGAUGAGGGUUUGUGAAGGUCAGGUUGUGUUCGAGGUAUUAAUAUCCAGCGCAGCUGAGCUGGUUUUCAUAAUGGUAAAGAUACGAGCAGGUCUCUGAGGUUGUUAUAAAAUAUAAAGAUAGGCAAAACAUUUACUAAACUAAGUUAAUUGUUAAAGAAAUAGUUGAACCAAAAGUAACAUUUUGAUGAAAAUUUGCUUACCCUUGGCUUAUCCGAGAUGCAUUUAAGCUAGUUUUUUCAUAUUGGAGAAAUUCAGCAUUACAUUACUUACUCACCAAUAGAUUGUGUGCAGUGAAUGGGUGCCGUCAGAAUGAGAGUUCAAACAGCUGCUAAAACCAUCAGUUAUCCACAUAACUCCAGGCCAUAAUCAAGAUAUUUUAACCUUAUUGCUUCCAGCUGAAAUAGGAUCACUCUGUACAUAAUGUUGCUUUCUUUAGUAAGAAAAAAAAAAAGUCUUGUUUCGAUCAGGAGAGAAUUUUGCACAGAGCAAGUACCGUUCACAAGCCAAAACGGUUCUAAACGUAUACGUCCAUGGGUUUUGAUGUGUAUUUGUUUUUUUGUUUUUUACUGGAGGAUGCUUUAGUAUGGACUAAAGGCUCAUAUUUUAGCCAGAAGCAAUGGUUUAAAGUUAAAGUUAAAAUGCAUUAUUGAUGGAUCUUAUAGCUGUUUUAACUCCAGUUCUAAUGGCUCCCAUUCACUUCAGAGGAUCCAUUCGACAGCGAGUGAUGUGAUGCUAAAUGGUCUCCAAAUCUGUUCUGUUGAAAAAACAAACCCUACAUCCUGGGUGACCUGAGGGUGAGUACUUUUCCUGCAGAUUUAAAUUUUUGGGUGAACUAUUCCUUUAAAAGCAAUUGUCACAAGCUUUUGCUGUUGUUGUCGAUUUGUUUGGGGUUCUUUUGGGUAUUACUCGCCUUAAUUAUUCAUUUUUGUUUUAUUUAAUUUAAUGAUUUUUUUUUUUUAUUUCAUGUUUAUGUACUAAAAAAUGAAAGGUCGACAGUUUAUCACAUGCGAUUUCAAUGUGCCACCUUUGAGAUGUUUGUUGUAUUGCACAAUGUAAACUCAUACAAUUUCCGAGCAAAAGGGACCUCAUUUUAAUUAUGCAUACUUUUUCGUGUUAAUUAAAUUAUGCAUAAUAUUACGUAUUCAUAAUUUAAAAUCCAUGACAAAAAAUGCUAUCCUGCCAAAAUACUCCUGGAAGUGGAUAUUGAAUAUUGUAAGCGUUGUCCUUGUAAAUACUGUUUGAAAAAUCUGCCUUGCUAUAUUGCAAAAAAUAAUUUUCUUCAUCAGCAUUUCGGUUUGUGUUCUUGUAACAGUAUCCUUAAAACAAGAUACAUUUUAUUGAUGAGCAUUAUUGCUUGUAUUAAAGUUCAUUGCACUGUCAAAUGUGUUUGCAGGAGCAAAAAAUAAAAAUAUUUGUUGUAAUACGUUAAUAACUAGCAUUCUGCUUCUCAAGUAAAUUCUUGUUUUAAGGAUGUUUAGAUAUUUAUUUUAUUACUGGAAAAUAAGAUGAAACUACUGUUGAAGUAAGCUGUCUUGGCUUUAGAAGCACAUUUGCAGUUUUUUUUUUUUUUUGUAUUUGCACCUAUAGUUGAAGUACAACUUUUUUUGUGUGUAUCGUCUUGUACAUAUUUCUACGUUAUCAGCGUAUAACAAAAACAAAAUAAAACCAACAA